AUGGCGAUCCCCCCGCCUCCCCCACCGCCACCGCCCCCGCCAGCGCUCGGCGGCGGAACCAACGCCGCCAACAUGCCCAAGCCACCAAUGGUCGGGCGCGACGCUCUCUUGGGCGAUAUCCGCAAGGGCACCCGGUUGAAAAAGGCGGUCACCGUCGAUAAGCUGAAGCCAAUGAUCGAGGGCAAAACCUCCGUGGGCGGCGGCGCGCCCAGCGCCCCGAUCGGGGGUGCCCCCGCUGUCCCGGGAGCACUGUCAGCGCCGCCAGUGCCGCCGCUGGGAGCACCGCAAUUGGGCGACAUCUUCGCCGGCGGGGUCCCUAAGUUGAAGCAUGUGCUGCGCCCAGGGUCGCUGGCGCCAGCGCCGCCCCCAGCGCCCUCAAUUCCUAUGCCUGGGCGCCCAACCCCAUCUCGGGUAGCACCCACGCCACUGGCGCCGUCGCCGUCGCCGUCGCUGGCAGCGGCACCACCGCCACCACCGCUACCGACGCUGGCACCGCCGAUCCCGAGCUCAGCGCCGCCAAUUCCGGGCCUGGCACCCCCUAGCGCUGUUCCUACUCCACCACCAGCGCCGCCUAGCGCCAUCCCUACGCCACCGGCACCGCCGAGCGCUGUGCCCACCCCACCCCCCUCAGUGCCGGCGCCACCAAAGUCGCCCAUGGCCGCUGCUGCUGCCAAAAAGGCUCCAAAAAUGCCGCCUUCAAGACCUAAAAAGCUGUCUCAUCUUCGGGUAGCCAGUGGCGACUCCCACAGGACGCCGCUGCCGACACCGCCGCCGGCACCGUCGAUGGCGCCGACGCCGCCCCCGUUGCCGAGUAUGGCACCGCCAGUACCAGGAGCGCCACCACCGGCACCUUCAGCGCCAUCAGCUCCACCAGCACCCCCAGCGCCACCUCUGGCGUCGACCUCGUCCCCAUCAGCUCCGCCGCCGCCGCCGUCAGGGUUGCCGUUUUUAGCGGAAAUCAACGCUAAGCGCCUGGACGGUAUGGCCAAGCCACUGUCACGACCAGCGGCUAAAUUCCCGGUACCGUCGCUGUCAUCGGCGCCGCCACCGCCUCCGGGACCGCCCCCUCCUCCAGCGCCGGCGCCAGUUAAGUCGAUGUUGACUCCUGCUGCCGCCAGCGCUCCCAGCGCUACUUCAAAGGCGCCCCUGGCGCCUCCAGCACCGCCUCCGUUACCACCUAGUGCUCCCAGCGCCGCCCCAGGAGGUCCACCUCCACCACCGGCAAACUUAUUCGGAUCAUCGAAUAAGUCCAAACCGGCGGCUAAAGCUGGUGGAGCGCCUGCUCCUGGCGGCGCACUCCCAUUUUUGGCGGAAAUCAACUCCAAGCGUAAUGACACCUACGUGGUGGAUGGCCUGGGCAAAUACUCCACUAAAGAUGCCAGUGACGGUGGUGCCGUUAGUGGCUCUAGCAGUAGCCGGCCGCCGCUGAAACCGACGACGUCACUGGCGCCACCGGUGCCGUCGAUACCGUUACCAGGUAUGGGUAAACCACCGGCGCCGCCGUCAGCGCCAUCAGCGCCGUCGCCGAUACCAUUACCAGGUAUGGGCAAACCGCCGGCACCGCCGUCGGCGCCUCCGUCGGCGCCGCCUGCGCCAUCGAUGAUACUGCCGCUGAUGUUGAAAUCAUCGCAACCACCACCCACGCGGGUGGUACCCCCACCAGCGCCUCCUCUGGCACCUCUGGCACCUCCUCUGGCACCCCCGCUGGCGCCGCCGCAAAUUCCGGUACUGAAUCCGUCAUCGGCGCCCUCAGCGCCACGCAUGCCUCCCGUUAAACCGUUGGUGACCCUGCAGGCACCGCCACCGCCGCCGCUGAUGCCCACGCCACCUCCAGCACCCCCCCUGGCACCGCCGUCGGCUCCUUCUUCAGCACCUCCGUCAGCAACCCCGACAACCCCGUCGCUGUCGAUAAAGCUUCCGCUGAUGCUCGAUGUCGGCCGCAAGAAGACUGCGCCGCCGCCACCGCCGACGGUCAACGAGCACCAACAGGCGGUGGGGCUGUCGCUCCGCAACACCGACGCGCUGGCGUACACCAUCGGCGGGUCUACUGCUGGUAAACGGAUCGAGAUCGACGACCUGCGGUUCAAGUGGGUCAACGCCCUGCUGUUGCCGCAGCCGCGCCGGUUUGAGGGGCGACAGAAGUUGUACCCCAGUGGCCGGGGGUCGCUGGUGCCCCUCGACUUGAGUUUAUACGACUAA